CUUUCCCGGCUCCACCUCUCAGGAGGUUACUGCCCACUGCUCGUGCUCGACCUUCCCAAAGCUCCAAUUUGAACGGCUUCCCGUCCUCAUCCCAUGCAUUUUAUCUAACAAAGCAGUUCCCCACUAAACGGUUCCGAUGGUCGAACCCCCGGAAAGACUCCUCUCCCCGGUACCGACUGCCGAGCAACUUUCUCACGCCGGAAAGUUAGUCCGAAAAGACUCUCGGCGGAUCCCAUCGACACCGGAGUUGGACAAUGGUAGCGAGGACAAGCCUCUGCUACCAACUAUGGACUCCGAGAUGGAUCCCCCGGAGAGCAGGAAGAAACAGCCACUCACCAGGCCCCGCCCUGUGGAGCCGUGUGCGCCCGCGGUGACCCCGACCGACGGAGACAGGAAGCUGGACAGGAAGAAGAGCCAGCCUGGCCAUAUAUCAAAGACAAACGUCCAGUAUCACAAAUUAUUCAAGGAGAUAAGCAAGGAUGAGCUGCUUAAACAAAGCUACACAUGUGCGCUACAGAAGGACAUUUUGUACCAGGGGAAAAUGUUUGUCUCAGACAACUGGAUUUGCUUUCAUUCUAAAGUGUUUGGGAGAGACACCAAGAUUUCCAUCCCUGCGCUCGCUGUAGCAUUAAUCAAAAAGACCAAGACCGCCAUCUUAGUCCCCAACGCCAUUGUUAUAGCUACGUCAACAGAGCGGCAUGUGUUCGUGUCAUUCCUUUCACGAGACAACACCUUUAAACUCCUCAAAUCCAUCAGUGUUCACUUGGACGUGGGGAACACAGGAAGUAGCCCCAUCACUUCCUCCUGCGAGAACAGCUUCAGCGUGGAGGCGCCGGCAUCACUUCCUCACGACCUCUGCAGAGACUUCUCUGACCUAGAUAGUGGAUUGCGCCACAGAAGACAAGACCCGCUGGAGUCGAGCAGUUCCGGAUCACAGACACCAGACUAUGAGAAAAUGGCCGACUUUGACGGCAUGCCAGAGACCUUUCUGAACGUGGGGAAGAAUGGAGAGGUGUCUGUGCACGCAGACAUCCAUCUGCAGUCACCCGCGCCCAAACACCCGCUGCAGAACGUCCCAACCAAACCAGCCCUGGAGUCAAACCACAGAGGAAAGCCACAGCCCCCAUCCCUCAACACAAUCCUUCUUAUCUAUUUGUUCUUAGUUAGUGUUCUGGUCCUGUCCUCGUGUUACAUGGCCUUCAAGAUCGUGGUUCUGGAACAUCGCUUGAACUCCUUGGUUUCUGUGGGAGAAAGCGCGGCAAGCCACCAGUCUCAGGAGGGUUUUAAUGCGGAGGUCUAUAAAGAGCUGACCUCCAAUCUGCUUAAAUUAGAAAAGAUUCAGAAGAACCUCCUGAAGCUUCUUGGAGAGACAUGACUGAGUGUGUGGUGCCACCUUGGAAGAACACCUUCUAGUUCAACAUUUCAGAAGAUCUUUUCGUAAAUAAUUGAGUUAUCUUCAAUAGAGAUAUUUCAGACAUGUGUCUGAACUAUAUUUGUGCAAUACAUGUAUAUUUACUCUUUCUACUCAGGGUUUUGUAUUUCUAUUUUUCACUUUGUUGUGUAAUUUGAAUACAUGGAAAUCAAAGCUUAGCACUAGUGACAUAGUGUGUAGGCCUAUGUAGCAUUUUAGCUUUCAAAGGCACGACGAAUUAGACAUUUCAAUGUUUUAUCAACGUUAUAUCACAUGUGCUGUAUAUGUUCCCUGUCCAACAGGAUUUAUCAGUAAAUUGUAUUUAUAACUCAAA